UGGGCACUGGUGGGUGGCACUGGUGGGCACAGGUGGGUGGCACUGCUGGGCACAGGUAGGUGGCACUUCUGAGCACAGGUGUGUGGCACUGCUGCAUGGCACAGGUGGGUGCACUGCUGGGCACAUGUGGGCACACUACUGGGCACAGGUGGGCGCACUGCUGGGCACAGGUGGGCGGAACUGGUGGGUGGCACUGCUGGGCACUGAUCAUCAGGGCACUGAUGAUCAGUGCCCUGAUGAUCGGUACCAAUCCCUGCUCUGACAACUGCCGGUUCUCGGCAGUACUUUCCUCGCGCUCUGACAGCGUGAGGAAAGUGCAGCCGAGAACCGGCAAUUGC